AUGGCGGGCGGCUCAGGAAGAGGCCUCCAAAAGCAGGGCCACUCGAUGGGUGUAGCUCCCAUAAUCCAAUGGGGUUUGCAUGCGCUUCUAGUUGCAAUGCUGAGCCUCUUGUCAUACGAGAGUGUUCACACCGAAGCCUUCGUCCUGUCGAGCAGCAACCUUGAGUCUUGUGUAGUCACGGGCUCACCCCCUAGUGGGAAUGCGUCCCUCCAGUCUGUCGACCUGACCACUCUGAGUUACCAGCCAACCCGCCCAGUAGAAAUCACCUUCAUGUUUCCUGGGGAUCUAGACGCCGUCACUAACGGCCAAGCAGCACCCAUUCCCGGGCCCGCCACUUUCGACGCGGCUUUCUCCCCGCCAAUCACGCACCGCCCCGCACCUGCCCCGGGCAUGACGUCAUCCUCGAACACGUGUUCACUCGGGCAGGGUUCUGCCAACUCGAGUUGCGGGGGCGGGCCGGCAGCGGGCCCUAUCGGUGCCGCCGCAAACGGCCCAUCAAUGGGGGUUCCUGCUCUGGCGCCCGGCGCGGGGAAAGUUUUGACAGCUGGCAGCAUAGGCGGGGCGCCGGUUCCGGGUGGUAAAAGCUCAAGCGGUCCCUCCGGGGCGCCCGCUGACGUUGAGGAGCCGGCCGCUGACGUCAGCGGCGGGGCGCCGUCCGUCACGGUGUCCGCAAAGCUGGCGGACGCGUCCAGCACGGACAUCACGUGCAAAAACAAAAUUCUGGUGACGUUCAUCGUUCAAAACGGGCAGACCCAGGCCACGGACUCUCUCGAGGCGACCCUGUCCGCCGUGACGGACGCCACCGGAACUGUCCGACAGCUGGCGGAAGCGUACAAGAUCAGCAUCGUCAAGACGCCCGUCUACGCCACGUACCCGCUCUCGUUCCUCCGGUCCUUCAACGCCAAGCCUUACGAGGAGAUCAUCCUUACCAACCAGUGUCAAGAUGGCGCCCUCGCCGACCAGGCCACCUGCGGCUGGUACUAUGCACAGGACGGGUCACGCGUUCCCAACAGCCAGGGCUUUUGCUGCAAGUGCGGCGUGGACCAGACGUGGAGCGACACGACGGGCGGCACCAGCACGCAGCAGCGGCGCUUCGCGGUCAACUGCAACGUGCUCACCAACUCGCUCUUCCUCACGGGGAUCCCCGCCACCGCCAGCUGCCUGCGCAUGUCCGCCGACUGGUACCCCGCGUACCUUAUCGGGGCCGCAUCACUCGACUUUCAGCUGCAGAUCACGGUCAACCGGAUGCUGCCCAGCGACAAUGGCCGGGUCUCCAACGGCAGCGCCGUCCAGACUCUGAUCCUGAGUCCGAGCGUCCCAGUAGCAAAAACAACCGAGGGAAAUGUGCUGGCCCGGUUGCCCGGAGACCUGGCGAGCUACACGCAGCUGCCCGUCUUCAGCGACCGGUACCUCAUGAUUCCUCAGACUGCGGCGCAGGCCGGCCGCCUGACCGCCAACACGUCCACGUGGAUGUUUAUCGACAAGACGCAGGUCAAUCUUGACGGCACCGUGUGUAACAUGAUCGGGACGAGCUUCACCGCCUUUCGAAAUCAGCCCAACCGGUGCGAACAAUACGCGGGCACGUGCCUGGCCAACCAGCUGGUGGACCUCGCGAAGGCCGACGCGGCGCGCGUCGCGGCCGGCCUCGUGCCGCAGUACCUCGUCAGCGGCUACGGCAUCUCGACCGGGGCCGCGGACAGUUCCGGGUUAAAGCUGAAGUUCGUCGUUAACCAGAUUCUGUCCAGCGUGGUCAGCUUGGAGCUGAACGCUGACGAGGCCCGUUACCUGGUUAAUCGAAGCCCCGGGAAGAUCGUUUCCGCUGUAGUUCCGACCUUCGAAGCGGUGUCGCGGAACGGAAACAUGGCCAUCACUGUACAAAAUAACGGAACUCUGGUCGCGGACUACACGCUGACGGUCCAGAACUGCAGCGACAACAUUCUGCCCAUCCAGGCGCAGAUGCACAGCAUCGCUCCCAACGCGACGCAGGACUUCGCGUUUCCGGUCGUCGUGCAGGACGACCAGGCCACGCAGCGGAACUGCACAGGCAAGCGUAGCGGAAUUGUUUUCAAGAUCAUCCUGUACGACUCGGUGGGUGAAAUAACCGACAUCAGUACCGUCUUCUUUUACACGAACGCAACUUUCUACGACAAGGGAGCGCAGGGCGGUAACCUAACUGUCGGUCAAACCACCAAUAGCACAGUCGUCCAAGCUCAGAGCCCACCAACUGCGGCGUUAACCUGCGUGCAGCUGUGCCCCUCCAUCUUCAGCGUCUCCUGCGCCUUCCUAACCGGCUGCUGGAGCCGUAUCGUGUCCUUCAUCGGCCUCAUGAUUACAAUCAUCGCAGUCCUCUUCGUCCUCGUCGUCAUGUACCGCCUGGGCAUCUUCUCCAUGUGCUUCCAGUGCUGCGCCGCGCUCUGCCGCGUCGGCGCGAAGCCACGGUCGGCGUCGCGCGAGCGCAUCCGCGCGCGCUCAGGGUCCGCCGACGCGGACGACGACGCGCGCACCUCUAGAAGUUCCAGCAAGAAGAGCUCCGCCUCACUGCGGCGCCGAAGCUCUAGCGGUGCUUCUGACGCGGAGAAAGCGCCCAGUAGCCCGGUUAUGAGUCGAACGGACCCGUACAUGGCACCUAGCCCGGGUGCCUCGAUAACCGGUUUUGCGCUUCCGUCCACCCCGGCCGGAAUGCCCGGCGGAAGCUUCGCCAGUCCCAGUGCGCGCGCAUUUGAGCGCGAGGGUUUCGGUCCGUUCGGUUCGGUCGCGGGCGGGUUUGGUGGCGGAGGUAACGGUAACCCAAGCUUCGGGUUCGGGGGGCCCAUGAGCGGGUUAGGACAUGGAUCACAGUAUUCCCAACCAGAGGGUUCUCCAAACCGGUUUUCUUCAAUGUCGCCGACUUCCAGGAUCAUCGCGCAGAGCGCGUUCGCCCCGGGUUAUCAAAGCGGGUUUGGUAACCCGUUAUUGCGAGAAAGGCCCGGCGGUUACACGCUGGGAAGCGGCCUCCCGCCAAAUCCAGGGAGCGCAUUUUUGUCCGGUCACGGGAGCGCGUUUGCGCCAGGUCAGGAGGGCGCUUUUGCAUCGGGUCAAGGAGUUGGGUUUGGGAUGGGCCAAGGGGGCUCAUAUGGGGGCGGGUUCACACAAAGUCAGGGAGGCUUCCUUGGACAAGGACAGGGGAACUUAUUCACGCAAGGGCAGGCGGGCGCACUCGCACCUGGGCAGGGGAGCGGAUUCUCACUCAAUCAGGGGGGCGUAUUCCCACCGAGUCAGGGGAGCCCAACGAGGUUCGGUGGGGCGUCUGUUGCGCAUGCGGGUUUUGGGGCUCAGGUCCAGCGGGCGUUCUCCGCAUUCCAUCCGGGGGGGCAGAUUCCGCAGGCGAAGGCACCCCCCGUGGCGAUAGAAAUGACGCAAGAGGCGCUGGUGCAAGCUGCGGGGACUGGGACAAUCGUGUAUUUGAAUUUCGAGAACGCCAGCGCGUCGUCCCAGCUACACAGCCCCGGCCCCUGUUGCUCGCUUGCCGGCCACCUGGUCUUCACCCCCGACGGGGGCUCGGUCCAAUUCACACUAGCUCCCGGCCGGGACUACCAGCGGCGCUACUUCGAGCCAGCCACCGGGUGUUACCAGCCCCUCCCGGCGCCCCGGCCCCUCGACUGCCAGUUCUUCACCGCAAACAUGGGGAUCGGAGAAGCCGUUGCUCUGACGAGCAUGAUUCCGAAAGGAGACUGCAUUAACUAG